UUUGGUUGUGUAUGGGUAUUGCUGGUGCUCUCUCUCUCUCUCCCUCCCUCCCUCCCUCCCUCCCUCUCCGAUUCGGGAUUCGUCGACUGCAGAUUUUUAUCAGAUGGUAGCAUGAAUCAGCCCAAAUGUUUUUCUUUUAGUUUCCUUUGUACCUCGCAAAGCAAUCUGUUCUUCACCUCUGGGCUGCUAGAACCUGAUGUGCCUCCCCUGUGAAGCUGAGAUACUGCUCGUUGCGGAAAGGGUUCGCCGGAUGUUCCUACGUCAAGGGUCUUUUCUGGUGCGAAGCCGUAGGUGCAUAAGCCGUUUGGAAAACAGCACGUCGAGCCACACACGUGCAUGAAUUCUCACUUAGUCACCAGCAGAUGGGGGACGUUGUGAAGGACUUGACAGCCGGGACCGUAGGAGGGGCUGCCAACCUGUUUGUUGGGCACCCAUUCGACACCAUCAAGGUGAAGCUUCAGAGCCAGCCAACCCCUGCUCCUGGGCAGCUCCCCAAGUAUGCAGGCGCCAUCGAUGCUGUUAAGCAGACGAUUGCGGCUGAAGGACCGAGGGGCUUGUACAAGGGAAUGGGGGCACCUCUAGCCACUGUUGCGGCAUUCAAUGCUCUCUUGUUCACCGUCAGGGGCCAGAUGGAGGCCGUGCUGCGCUCCGCGCCAGGCGCGCCGCUCACUGUCGGCCAGCAGGUUGUUGCCGGCGCCGGCGCGGGAGUCGCCGUCUCGUUCCUGGCGUGCCCCACCGAGCUCAUCAAGUGCAGGUUGCAAGCCCAGAGUUCCUUAGCUGAGGCAGCCGCCGCCUCCGGCGUGGCUGUACCCAAAGGCCCGAUCGAUGUGGCAAAGCACGUCGUCCGGGACGCCGGCGCGAGAGGUCUCUUCAAGGGCUUGGUGCCAACGCUGGGCCGUGAGGUCCCCGGCAACGCGGUGAUGUUUGGCGUGUAUGAGGCCACGAAGCAGUACCUCGCCGGCGGCCCUGACACGUCGAACCUCGGCCGGGGAUCCCAGAUCCUGGCUGGCGGCCUCGCCGGCGCUGCCUUGUGGCUGUCGGUGUACCCGACGGACGUGGUGAAGAGCGUGAUCCAGGUGGACGACUACAAGAACCCGCGGUACUCGGGGUCCCUGGACGCGCUGAGGAAGAUCGUGGCGGCCGAUGGCGUGAAGGGCCUGUACAAGGGGUUCGGACCGGCCAUGGCGCGCAGCGUCCCUGCCAAUGCUGCUACGUUCGUGGCGUACGAGAUAACAAGAUCGGCGCUCGGUUGAUUGGCUGCACUCCAGUGCCAUUGCCAUUCCUUCUGCUGGCACGGCUGGAGGCUGGAGCUGCUGCAUCUUCCAUAGCUACUCAGGAUGGAAACACAGGCACGCCUUGCAAGUGCAACCCAGAACUGUACAAUUGCAAGCAUUUUUAGGGAAAAAAGGGGGAACUUUUCGCUGCAAUGUGAGAUUGUUCAAUAAGCAAGCUUAAUAAGAUGGUCGUGGAUGGAUUGA